AAAACCCUGUUGUAAAGCGUUGCUAAGGAAGUAUUAGGAUUUUGAGCUAGCUUGACUUGUAAUAUGAAGCCAAAAAAAUUGCUGAACAAAAACGUAUCUUACGCUGAGGUAAUUUCUUUAGCUAACGUUUGUCAUCAAGGCAAAAUGGAAUCAUGUGGAUUUGCUAGUCUAGCUGUCUAGUAGCUUGGUACAGUACAGUACUGUACGUGUAGAUGGGAGACAAACAAAACAGCUAGGGUAGCUAGCUUUACUGUACAGUACCAAACAGUACUGUACUACUAGCACUGUACUGUAGCUGGGCAAACUCGUAAGCUUGUACAGUAGUUAAGCUAACUACGUUAUCUUUAUCAACGUUACUCAACGCUAUUUCUAGUUAGGUUAUUUUUCGUGAGCAAUAUGUCACGUGCUAUAGGAGAUGCCGCUUCAACAAAAUAUUUAGACAUGAUAGGUAGGCUACUGUAGUCUAUACGGUGUAUUUAACUUGCUAGAAGCAGUAGCAACUGAAUACUGUGUCUGAUUAACGAGCAAAACCAUUUAAAUUCAAGACUGCAUCCUUUUUUAGCAAGCUACUGGUAACAAAUACGGAUUUCCAAUAUAGCUUGUAUUGUUACCCUAGCUAGCUAAGCGGCGGAGAGAAAGAUGUUUUCACGAACCGCUUAACACUGUAGUUAGCUGUCUGUCAACUAGAGCUAAACCUCUUGUUAGCUACCCAGCUCAUAUUUUCUCUACAUCAAUCAAAACUAAGCAAUACGCGAAUGAAGUCUCCGGGUACAACAGACGUCUGACCAGAGGACAUAGGACAUGAAGAUGACCGAGGAUGGGGAAGACACCAGCCCCUCUCACCCAGCUGCUUCUGUCCUUCCUGGAGUAACAGGUGGGAAGGACCCAAGUAGGGUCAACAAUAACAAGGAGCUGUUUACGGCACCUACACCAGACGUUAAAACCUUCAGGGCCCACAGCGACACCCAAAUCACCCCUCAAGAUACACGGGACAUGAAGAGCAAGUCCACUUCUUACCAGCCUCGCCCACCCCUUCUGCCUAGGCCAUCUGGGCUAAUGAAGGUAGGCAAGAACAGUUCGCUGGAGGAGAAGGGGAAAAGGAUACGGAGAUCUAGUCAGGAAAGUCUAACCGACCCCGCCGAGACGGGCUCCUCCACAGACUCCCUUAAGGAUGACCAUGCAGUUUCAGAUGUGUUUACCUUUAGUGGUGCUGCCACCUUGAGGAACAAACAGAACUCAGCGACUGUAAGCGCCCAGGUUCCUACACGGUCUCCCAUCUUCAGGGGUAGGGGCCACAGCCUCUCAGAGUACGAGACGCAGCCCCACAAUCACCAGAGCGAGUCCGCAGAACAGCGGGUGAGGUCUUCCAAAGUGCGCCUCUCCCCCCUGGAGCUCUCAGGAGCGCUUCCCGCCCUGGAGCAGAGUUUGGUGUCGGCGACCUUAAGAACAUCUAAUCGGAUUGACAGGGAUUGCGUGGAUUAUGGCAUGCUGAUGGGGAGAGGAGGGCCCAGGCCUGGAGAGAGACUGCAUAGGAACCUGAGCGACAGCCGGCUUCUAGAGAACAUGGUGUCUGACAGCUCCUCCGUCAACUCCAUGAAGUCCACCUUUAGCGUGCUGAACCCCAUCAGACCAAGAGACGUGAGAAACAGGAGCUUUCUGGAGGGAAGUGUACUAGGCAAUGGUGCAUUGUUGGGGGCUGAGGAGCUAGACCGCUACUUCCCUGACAGGACUCUGGGAAUCUACGUAGCAACCUGGAACAUGCAAGGAGAGAAGGGACUUCCAAUCAAUUUAGAUGACCUGUUGCUCCCAACGGACUCUGAAUUUGCACAAGACUUUUACAUUAUCGGUGUUCAGGAGGGAUGUCCAGACAGGAGGGAGUGGGAGAUUCGUCUCCAGGAAGCCCUGGGCCCAUACUACGUCAUGCUGUAUGCUGCAUGUCAUGGCGUUCUCUACCUCACUGUGUUCGUCAGGAGGGACCUCAUCUGGUUCUGCUCAGAGGUGGAACAUGCCACAGUCACAACGAGGAUCAUCUCCCAGAUCAAGACCAAAGGGGCUGUGGGCAUCGGCUUCACCUUCUUUGGGACCUCCUUCCUCUUUAUUACCUCCCACUUUACCUCUGGAGAUUCCAAAGUGUAUGAGAGAGUACUGGACUACAACAAGAUCAUAGAAGCUCUGGCUCUUCCUAAAGGCCUCCCAGACACAAAUCCAUAUCGCUCCACUGCCUCUGACGUGACCACGAGGUAUGAUGAAGUCUUCUGGUUCGGGGACUUUAACUUCCGUCUGAGUAAAGACCGCGUGGGAGUAGAGACCAUUUUGAAGCAGGCGUCUGGCGUGGACAUGACACCCCUGCUUCUGCACGAUCAGCUCUCCAAGGAGAUGAAAGACGGUUCUAUCUUUAAAGGUUUCCAGGAAGCACCCAUCCACUUCCCACCCACCUACAAGUUUGACAUUGGUUGCGAUGUUUACGACAGCACCUCUAAACAGAGGACCCCGUCAUACACGGACAGGAUACUGUACAGAAACAGGCAGGCGGACGAUAUCAAGGUGGUCAAAUACACCAGCUGUUCAUCUAUUAGGACAUCCGACCACCGGCCUGUUAUGGGCAUGUUCCAGGUCAAACUGCGCCCAGGGAGAGACAACAUUCCCCUUGGGGCGGGCCAGUUUGACAGGAGCCUAUACCUGGAGGGCAUCAAGAGGAGGAUCACCAGAGAGCUGAAGAGGAGAGAGGCUCUGAAGAACCAGGGCAGCAGCACCGUCUGCUCCAUCUCCUGAACGUGCCUUCGGACCAGACUCAACCUGAACAGACCAUACUCAACUGGACCAGACCAGACUCAACUGAACCACAACAGACCAGGCCGCUCUCUCUGGAAAGAUCCAGACUCUAUUCAAACUUACACAUGACCAGCAGGAUUGAAAGGGACACGGUUGUUUGUCUGUCAAACCCCAGAAUCGUGUAGUGAAGAAGUUAUUGACCUCUAGUGUGCUUUGGUGGGACUGCACAAGGUGGAGUAGGCUAGUCCUUGAGGACAAACAGCACACAAAAGUCUGGUGUAUAUUUAUACAACACUUUUGCGCAACGAGACCUUAGGAAUCUUUCCAGUAAAAGAACAUCCGAUGACCUUGGAGGCAGUGUCUACACUCUAGGUUCUUACACAAUUUUUAUUUAACAAGCCUGGGCGACAUGGACCAUUCCUCUAUCAGUAUUCUAAAUGCCUUGUAAAUGUAUUUCCAUCACUAGCUUCCUAAACAGUACAUGCAGUAGCCAACUAGGUGUGAUUUUUUUCAUGUCUUUAAAGAUUGUUUCUAUUCUAGAUUUUCACCAAAGUUAGAAUUGCACUUCAGUUGAGAUCUGGCAAGAAUUUUGGUAAAAUCCCACUUUAACCACUGAGAGCUUUACAAAAAAAUAAUAAUGUAAUUUAUUUUUUAGAGCUUGAUGAAAAUACAUUUUCUGCAGUACUCUUUAACAGUUCAUAAUAUUCGGUGUGUGGUAACUUCUCCACGGUCGGUAUCUGGAUUUAAGAUGAUCUGCUUAAAUGAGGUUGGAAAAUGUUUUAUAGGUCCCUUGUUGAGUUCGGAACAGUGUGUGGUUCAAUGCCUUAACAUUCUCUUAACUAAAUCAAAACUGUCUUGACCUUUUGCAGAACUGUACUGUGGUGAUGGGAGAUCAGUAGAUGGGUUGUGCUGGUGAAUCAUGAGUCAUCUGUCACGCGUUUAAAGUGCCUGUGAUCUUGUCCUCAGGACUCAAUAUUGUUAACAAUCAAUAUGUCUUUUUUAACAGGUUUUCUGUGACGUAACAUCACAUAAUAAAUAUAUUUUAGUCAUU